GUUGAAUGUCUCAGUAGUUACUUCCUGCAACCUACGAUGAAAUAGUUCUCAAGUUUAGAGCACAGGACAACCCAUUGUGGGUUCAGCAACCCCUAGAACAAGGUCAUGAGUUGUCAGGAUGGUUUGUUGCCUACAAACACACCAGUCUCCAUGAGCCAAUAUGGGUUUGCAUAACAUGACAACCUAUCACAAGUUGUCACCCACAGUGGGUUGUCAUGUUGUGCAAACAAGCAUCUUGUAAGCACCUUGGGAGAAGAAUGUGUUGUUUCAACUUAUUUUGUUGUGUGCAGUGAUGGCAGUAUACAGUAAAAGUAAGAUUCUGGGAUAGGUCUGAGAUAUAGCUGAACACUAUAUUAGGCUUAUUAACAGUAAUAUCUUAAAUCCAAUCUAUUGCUGAAUAGGCAGAGUGGAAAUGGUAUUUAUGUUUAAUUUUUGUGGUUUCUAUCACAAAUGCCAGCUGUUUCUGAAAAGUCUGUCAGACAUUACUGUCAGUUCAGCAGAGCUUUCUUAUAGAGUUUGUUGUUUAGCCUCUAAAUAUUUGUCAUGCCUAAAGCUAUCCACUGUCAUCUCUCCUUAUUCUUAAAAUGUGAUUUCAUGAACCUUGCAAAUUCUCUUGUUUUCGGCACCAGGUCAAAACCUUUUUAUUCAAGUGUUAUUUUAAAAAAAUAGUAUUUUAAUGGUUUUAACAGUCGCUUUUGAUUUGAUUUAUUUUUAUUGUUAUAUAUUGUUGUAGUAUAUUAUGAUAUUGAUUGUUUUAUUGGAUUCUGAUUUUAUGCGCUAAGCCGUCCUAAGAUGUUAUACAUAAAGGACGGCAUAUGAAAGUUUUAAAUAAAUAAACUUUGAAAAAUAAGACAGCAAAGCCUACUAGCCUGCCUGCACACACAUAUUGAAGUUGGUUAUUAGUGGCCUAAAAGAAAGCGACAAAAAGACGAACUUGCUGUGUGGAUAUAACUUACCUGAUUGAUCUUCCAGGGGUAGCAUUUAUUCUCUGCAGAUCACCAUGCAAAUUGCUUUUGGCUAGCAUGGUUUUUACACAGUGACCUAGUUUACCUUGUGAGGCUGGUGUAGCCUAAAUCAGGAUUAUUCAAACUGUGGGUUGGUCCAGUCCAUUUCUUAACUUGCUAUCUAGAAUAAUGUUUCUCUUUCACCUGCUGUUUGUGUUGGGAAUGAGAGGAGCAAGUUGUUAUUGGCAGGCAUUCUCAGCUCGCUCUGAACUGGACUCAUCAGAAGGGAAGGUGGAGGUGGAGGGAGCCUGGGAAUGUGAGGCUUCAGAGCUGAGAUGAGAUAAGCAGUGACACUUAUCUCAAGGCCAUCCUCCCCAAGCACUCAGGCAGGCUCUAAGAAUAACCAAGAUGUACAGCUGUCGAGUGGGGGCAUGGAAGAGGAGCUCUCAGAAUCAGACAAACCUGGUACAACUCUUGACCCCAUGGCCUGGUGUUGGGAGAGAAGAGCUAGCCAACUAGAAGGUUGGUGUACAGAGAAAAGGGGUGCUCACUUACAGACAGGCCCCCAUGAAGGGAUUCAGCCCAGACAUACUCAAAAGGAGGGUUUCCUGAAAUAGUUUUUUAGAUUGGGUUCAAUAAACUACUCUGUAAGCUUAUUGACUAUACUUUGAUAAAUAAAGAGCUUUUUGCAAAAGAACAGUUGUCUGCCAUCUGCUUUGAAUGUGUAAAGGGAGGAAACCCCCAGCUCACUACAGUUUGUGCAUGUUGUUCAUACCAUUUUCCCAUGGAUUCUUUUUCCUUUUGUAUGAGUUUCAAACCCUGGAGAACAUGAAUAUGAUCCUUUGACAUGGGCUUGGGUUUUCAGAAAUGAACUUUUAAUGGGUGUGGCCAGUUCCAGACAGCAGGAGGAGUUAGUGCUCUGUGGUGUAAAAGUAAACUAUUCUAACUUUUAUCAAGGUUUCUUGAACAUGUUUCACCAGAUUUCCGUGCAAGCUUCUUUUUCUGUACCAGUAUCAUAAGAGUUCCCCAGCUCCAUUCUUAGCCACACACUUGAUCAUACUUCUGCCCUCAUGGCCUGGUUACCUAAUACGGGGUUAUGUGGAAAACAAUAUUCUCUAAAUGAAUGGUGAAUUCUAGACUAUUUCAGAGACAAACAUUUGCUGGCUGUCUUUCCAAAGAAACUGAACUCCACUCACAAGAGUGAACACCCUGCUACUGUUCACAUGUGCCUUCUUAGGUAAUCUAAUUAAUAGCCUUGUUUUUAAUGGUCUACAGCCUUGGGUUGAUCUCUGGAUUUUCUAAACCAGGGGUAGGCAAUAUAGUACUCUACAGAUAUUGUAGACUACAACUUCUGUGAACUCCAGUCAACAUGGCCAGUAUCAUCAUCAUCAUCAUCAUCAUCGCCUCUAUACUGCCCUACAGCCAAAGCUCUCUGGGCAGGUGAAGCUGAUGAUAAAAUACAAUAAAAAUCAGAAAAAAAUACAAAGGUUAAAACAGAUAACACAGACAGUACAAAGACAAUCAAGGAAUGACAAGAUGAGUGACUCUGCAAUCCCCUGGUGAUCCCACUCAAGCCACUGGGUGGCUGAGUAUAUCCUUAAAAGACUCAGAAAAGAGGGCCAUCUUAACCUUGUGCUGAAAAGAUGACACAUUCAGCACCAGCUGGGCCGCAGUGGGGAAGUUAUUCCAUUGAUGAGGGGCCACCAUUGAAAAAGCCAUUUCCCUAGUUGCCACCUUUCACAGUUCCUUUGGAUUUGGUACUUGGAGAAAGGCCCCAGGGGUUUAAUAUGGUGUCCAGUAGAUCAUGGAUGGAAGAGGCACUCCUACAGGUAUUGUGGUCCCAAGCCAUGUAGGGUUUUAUAGGUUAAAAUCAGCACCUUGAAUUGGGAUCUAAGAAUGCGGGUUAUAUUAAUGCCAGAAUUGAGGCUGUUGUUACUUUUUAAUGUGAUGCUAUUAGACAAUGAGAUAUUAAAAUAUAGACUUUUUAUUAGAUAUUCAUACCAUGGAAGAUUUGAGGAAUUUUAGGGUUUUUGAAGAAUCUUUCUCAGUCAAAAUCAAUAAUCCUCUGCUUAAACAUGUAAAGCCUAAGUCUGAAUAAAAGGGGAAACUGCAAAACUCUUUGAAGCAUUUAAAAUGCUAUACUACUGUAAAUCUGACAUGUAGGCAAUAAUUCCCUUUCCCCAAGAGUGAAAACAUUUGUUUUAUUAGACUUGUUCAGGGUCUGUAGAUAUAGACGGGCAAAGGAAACCCAAAUCUAAUUUGGUGAUGAACAACCUGUAGUGCCAUUCCAAUCCCUUCCUAAGUGGUUGAAAAUUAUUUAAUUUCUUCUCUAUUGAGGAAAAAAACAAGAUUCUGGUAGUUAAAUCAUGUACAAACCACACUAGGAAAUAAGGAGGGGAAAAUUUCAAUUGUUCUGUAAGGCUUAACAUGUCAACAGAGAGGAAGUCAAAUGCACCUCAUUUGGUAGGGCAGAGUGCAGAACUGGCAAAGAUUCAGAAAAGUGCAGCCAAUAUGAUAAGUGACUGGAGCAACUGCCCAUGAUAUUUGUAUUCUUUGUUAUACCAGUUGCUCAUAUACUGAAGAACAUGAGUGGGAGGGUGCCAUUAUGCUUGUGGCAGGCCUUCCCCUGUCUCUUCAAGUCACUAACAGAAAUGUUGAAGGGUACAGGACCCAGGACGGGCCUGGGGCACCUCACUCAAUACCUCCCUCCAGCUUUGUGGUGAGCACUCUUACAGCAUGUUAUGCUGUGGAUUCACUUAGUAACAGUGCCAUCCAGACCAUACUUUAAUAGCUUGCUGAUCAAAAUAUCAUGAGGUACUUGUCAAGAUGUAUUAUAUCUGCAGUGUUUCCAUGAUCUGCUAAGGAAAUUCUUCAAUUGAAAAAGUUAGAUUUAUAUUUCAUAAAUCUGUGCUGGUUUUGAGUGAUCACUGCAUUAGUUCAAGCUGCUUACAAAUUAAUCCUUGAUAAUCUGCUCUAAAUCUUACCAGAUAUUGAUGUCUGACUGACUGGGCUAUAAUUUGCCAGAAUUUCCUUUUUGUCCUUUUGAACAUAGGUCAACAAUUGCACUCCUCCAAUACUUCAAUUAUUUUCCAGAAUUUCCUGAGUAUAUUAGAGGUUCUGGGACCCCAUUUGCUAGCCUCUUCAAUACUGUAAGAUGCAGUUCAUCUGAAUGUUUGGUCUUGAAAUCAUUUAAGAUGCUUAGAUAUUUUCUGACCAUCUCUCUGUCGAUUUCACUAGCAUUCCUUCCACUUCAGCCCAUUUCUCAAAUACAGUGGACGAACACAGAUCCUCUUUAGGGAGUAGACUGAGCCAAAAUAGGAGUUGAACAGUUCUACUUCUUCGUCAUCUGUCUUCUCUGUUGGUAAGAAUCAAGUCAAGGAUGGCUGAUCCUCUUGUUCUUUUUCCACGCUCUAAAGGAAUUUCUAGGAGAGAACAUGUGUGGCAGAUAUUUAAGGUAAUUCAAAGCCUUGUUACUGUUUCUUCAUGCUUCCCUGGCAUAACUGCAGUUUACUUUUGGAAAGCAUCAUCUGCAUCUUUUCCUUACUUGAAUGGCUGGUAGUAGACUCCAAUCCAAUCACAGUAUUGUUUUUUUCCCUUUUUCAGUUAUUUUAACCCAGAUGCUUUCAAGUUCAUUCUCUUGAAUUUCUGUGCAGGGUAAUCACUUUGAUCAGUAUGAAGAAGGACACCUGGAGAUUGAGCAGGCAUCUUUAGACAAACCUAUAGAAUCGCCCAGUUUUUAAAGCCAGUUGCCCAGCACACCAUCAGAAAGUGUGAUGACCCUUCCUGAAACCCUGUUCCUGUGGAAAAAUCUUGCCAGCAGGAUAAUAUUGGACAUCGCUUGCUACAGAAGCAUGGCUGGAAGCUGGGCCAGGGCUUGGGGAAAUCCCUCCAAGCAUAAUGAUCCGGGACUUGUUGUGGUGAUGGUAAACUUAGUGGUAAUUUUUAAUUUUCAGACUGAAUUUACUUCUUUUUUGUCAUCAGAGCACCAAAUAUGUUAGGCUUACUUUCUCUGUUGUAGCCUUCAUCUUUUCUGCUUGGUCUUUUCAUUUCCCUUUUUUCCUUUCCAUUUCUUCAUGCACUUCUCCGUGUCUGAUCCUUGUUCAUUGAGGGGUUAAUGCUCAGAAGGGAUGUUUGUGGUAGAGCUGCCAAAAAUUUGUGGAGAAUCACUUCAAAUUUCUAAUAUUGUCCAAACUUGAUUUCCCUCCUCUUCCCUUUCCCCAACAUGUGGUGGGUGUAAGCAGUUGCUAUGGCAAUUUAAUAGCUAACUGAAAACUUUGACUGCCUUAGAAAGCAAAAGUACUGAUAUGUUCUUCUUAUUGUGAAGGGGUAUAUCACAAUCAUGAACUUGGACACAACAAUCUUAACUCCUGAAGAAAUUAAAUCAAACUUAUUUGGUGGAAUGGGAUAUAUUAAUUUGAAUAAGUUAUCAUAAAUUUGGUUCUUUUGCUCAAAACUGCAGUCACUGCUUCUUAUACCAUUGGGCAUAAAAUCCCCUUCUCUGUUACUGAAAAUGUGUAUAUAUUCAUAUAAAAGUUGCAUUAGGAAAAAAAUUCUAUUAGGCAGAUGGUCAGUGUUUCUGGAUUUGAACCUCUCAACCCAAGUUUCCAUGUUAUAAAUACCUAAAAAAUGUUGCAUAAGAUAUUUAUUUGAUUUGGAACCAUAUUGAAAUUUAUUCCCAAGUUAAAUAUAUGCCUUUGAGAGUCUGGGAAUGUUUUGUCUCCAUUUUUAUGGCACUUCAAGUGCAGAGAGUUCUUCCAAGCCUUCUUGAACCCUCACAAUAUUAUUGUGAGUAAGGUCAUAAUUCCUGGUUCUUAAAUAUGGAGCAGAGACAAGUUUGUUGAAGUCCUUUGACAAAGGUGAAACAUGAACCCAGAUCCUCAAGUGCAAUAUUGUGAGCUGGGCCACACUAUUUUCAAUAGUUGCAGACAUUGAUAGCUAACUUUUUGACACAGCUUCUCUAAAGCAAUACCUCUUGUGCCACUUGGAUUGAUUUUAGCAAUUCAGUCCCCUUAUUUUGGUGCAAUUCAGGUUUGGACAUCUUUUGGCCCAAGGGUAUAAUAUAUGUGCAUUUGUGUGUAUAACAAACAGAAAAAUAUUGUUGGCACCAAUCCCCCGAAGAUCGAUAAUAAGGGAAAUAAACAUUCUGUUUUUUCACUCAAGGUAUCCACCGGAUAAGGUAAGUAGCUCCUUUUUUCCAGUGGCCUUACAUCACAACUCACAGCGCAUGUUGUGAUGUAAAAAUAAACACUUCCCCAAAGGCUGUGAUAGUCAAAGUGCUCGUCUGCCCCAUUUUGCUUUGUUUGGCUGGUUAUGAGUGAAUUAAAAAUACGUACGGAAUCUUCAGCAUAGUUUGAUUAGUUUCAAAGUCAGUUUUCUUCGCAACUAGUCCUUUUCACAGCUUACAAGCCAUAAGUAGGACAGCCAGAGUGACAGAAUGCACAAGGCUGAUUUUAGGGCUGGCAAAGUCUUAGGGCCUAAUCUUGAAGAGGGAAGAAUUCUAGGUUUAGUUUUCUGGGCUUUGCUUUGGCAUUCAUGUUUGCAUUUAUAAUACAAUAUUUCUGCUUCAAUAGAGAAGGUACAAGAAUUCUGUUUACAUUGUGAAAGUGUGUCUUGUUAUCUGAGAAACUAUAUAGUUCCCAUCCUCCACAUUCUGUUAUCUUUUGAUGUGAGGGUGUAUAAUUUCAAUAUUAAUUUUCAAUAUUAAUAUUGCAUGUCUCAAACAUCUGGGUUGAAAGCUGCAGGCAGCAAGUGAAGGCAAGUCUGGCACCCACAAUGUGCCUGCUUGUAGUUGUAAGCUGUGAGAAUGGCUUCUGUUUGGUUCUCUGUAGCUUUCUGGUCUCUGCACUCCAAAGGCAAGAUCUCUAACCAACCCAAAUCCAAUGUGUACAAAGCUACUCAUCAGAGAAUGAUCAUUCCCCUCACCCAUCCAUCUGACUGGUCUGCUUGCCUUGCAGGUAGGACAGAUCCCAUUCCAAUCGUGGUCAAGUAUGAUGUCAUGGGCAUGGGGCGGAUGGAAAUGGAGCUUGAUUAUGCUGAAGAUGCCACAGAACGGAGACGUGUCUUAGAAGUGGAGAAGGAAGAUACUGAAGAACUAAGGCAGAAGUACAAGGAUUACGUGGACAAAGAAAAGGCAAUUGCCAAGGCCCUUGAAGAUCUUAGAGCUAACUUUUACUGUGAACUCUGUGAUAAGCAGUAUCAGAAGCAUCAAGAGUUUGACAACCAUAUAAAUUCCUAUGACCAUGCCCACAAACAGAGGUUGAAAGAUCUCAAGCAAAGAGAAUUUGCUCGCAAUGUAUCUUCAAGAUCUCGGAAAGAUGAGAGGAAACAGGAGAAAGCCCUCCGGCGUCUGCAUGAACUGGCUGAGCAGAGGAAGCAACCUGAAUGCGCUCCAGGAAGUGGGCCAAUGUUUAGAACCACUACUGUGGCUGUAGAUGAGGAAGGAGGAGAGGAUGACAUGGACUCAGCAGCUUCUAGCAGUUGCUCUUCCUUCUCACCAGCUUCUGGACAAGCUACCAGUUUGACCACAGACAAGGGUAUUACUUACGUUGGUGGCCAAACCAGUAGCAACACUGGGCUAGGGCAAGUUCCUGUCCAGGUACAGCAAGCUGGAGGCAUGGGGGUUAAUCCUCUUAAGAUAGGUGUAUCUUUCUCAUUUGCCAAAAAAACUCCUGUGAAGCUAGAGUCAAUUGCCUCUGUCUUCAAAGACCACGUGGAUGAGUCCAGUUCUCCUGAUGAUGAAGUCAAAGCUGAUGAGAGAGCCCCUUCAGAUUCUGCAGCUUUGAGUAAAACUGGGGAUGCUGAGGGAGCAAACAGCCCUGACAGCAAGGGAGAUGAAGAAGAGCAAACCCAUGAAAAAGAUGGUACAAGCCUAAAUUCUGCACUGUCGAAACUGAAGAAGAUGAAACGAGAUGAUGGGCCAGUGACACUAGAACCAGAGUAUUAUCACUACAUCCCACCUGCUCAUUGCAAGGUGAAGCCCAACUUCCAGUUCCUACUAUUUAUGAAGGCUACAGAGCAAGUUGAAGCAGAAGCACUGAGCAAGAAAGUGGCAUCUGAAAAGAAGCUAAAUAACUCCCCCAAAACCAGAGUGGCAAAACAUUGUGAGAAGGCAGCAGUAACAGAAUCGGUUGCCCAUCAGAAGGAAGCAAGCCCCACCCACAAAAGUAGCAAAACGGAAGAUAAAGAGGUUCCUGAAGAGACAGUCAUGCAGGAGGGCAAACAGCUCAAGGGAAAUGAUUCGUCAGAAUCAAAUUUCAGUAAAGAGAUCCCCCAACCUGCUCCAAUUGUUAAAGAAGGGCCUAAGCAUUUAACAGGGCCCUUCUUCCCAGUACUGAGUAAAGAUGAGAGCACUACCCUCCAGUGGCCUUCAGAACUGCUGAUCUUCACCAAAGCAGAGCCCUCUGUGUCAUACAGCUGCAAUCCCUUGUAUUUUGACUUUAAGUUGUCUCGUAACAAAGACACUAAAGCGAAAGUAGCAGAAAAACCAAAUACCACAUCCAGCCUUCCUAAGGAGAAAACACAGUUGGCUGAAGAUGAUGAUGCAAGCAAGUGUAAGGAAAUGAACCUUCUAGCUGGCAGCUCCACCCCAAUGCCAGAAAGCAAGUCCUUGCAAGUGUGCAGCAAGCAGGAGUCUAGCCCGGUGAGUGCUAGCAAGGAUGAAGGACCAGAAGAUGGCAAUAAAAGCAGUCUCGGUCGGAAGGACAAAAUGGGGAAAUCCCACAAACACAAGAAGAAGAAGAAGCACAAGAAGUCCACCAAACAUAAACGCAGGCGCAAAGUUGAGGUAGAGGAAAAAAGCAAGGAAGGGGACCCAGCAGAAGAUAAACCCAAGAAACGGAAGAAACGCAAACGCAAAAAGAGCAAAUCUUCCUUUCCUGUGGAGACUGAACGAAUUCAAGGGACCGAAGAGGCUGGCUAUUCUAAGAAAAGAAAGUGGUGCACACAAGACUCACAGCGCAAGUCACUUUCUACUGAAGAAGGCAGCAGCAAGAAAGAAGACAGUGGUUCCUCUUCCCAAGAUCACAGCAACAAAAAACCCAAGGGGGACUUGCAGUCUUCCUCUGCCAUGAAAAGAUGGUCUUCCACCGCAACUUCAGUUCACCCCAGCCAUAGAGGCCGGCAGAGCAGUGGUGGCUAUGAGAGUGAUGAGGAUUCCUGCCGCAAGCACUUCAGGCAGAAGUCAGCAUCGCAGUACAGUGAUGAUUACGAUUCUGGCAGUGACUGUUCACAGAGUCGCUCCCGGUCAGGACACAGGCAUUCCUCUCGAAGAUCAUCUCAGAGGUCAUACUCCUCAAGUUCAUAUGCCUCCUCUGACAACAGCAGAUACAGCCGGCGUCGAAGCUACUCAGAAGACAGCUAUAGUGACUACAGUGAUCGGUCACGGAGUCGUACCAAGCACUCUCAUGAUUCAGAAGAUGACUCAGACUAUGCCAGUUCCAAGCGCAGGUCAAAACGACGCAAGUACUCCACUUCCGAGGAUGAUUACAGUCUAAGCAGGAGCAGGUCACGGAGCCGAAGCCGGAGUCGAAGCCAUGCCAGGGGGAGGUCAAGGACAAGAAGUCGGGGUAGGACCCGCAGCAGUAGCUGUAGCCAUAGCCGGAGUAAGCAUCGCAGCCGCAGUCGAACAGGGCACAGUUGGAAGCGGAGCAGGAGCUAUAGCCGGGAGCGGAGCAGGAGCACAAGAAGCCUUUCACAGAGGUCACUUUCAAGAAAGGGGUCCCGGGGGCAUGAAAGCCCUGGUGAGAGGAGAUCUGGCCGGCGAGACUUCAACCGGUCAAAAAUCUAUCGUUCACAGUCUCCUCAUUAUUUCAGAGCUAGACAAGGUGAGGGACCUGUAAGAAAAGAGGAGGCAAGAGGAGAUGAAGUUACAGGGACAAGCAGUCUCUCCCAAAACAGUGGCAGCUCUAGCAUGGGGAGCAACUGUAGUAAUGAGAAGAACUCUGCCACGGCCAGAUUCCUUCUGGAAAAAAUUCAGUCCAAGAAGGUGGAAAAGAAAUCCAGUAGCAAUGAGGACUCUCUUGCAGGGCCUCACAAGGUGGGCAUAAAGCUGAAAGAUCCCCCACAGGGCUAUUUUGGCCCAAAGCUCCCACCCUCCCUGGGUAACAAACCUGUGCUUCCAUUAAUUGGAAAGCUCCCCACAGUCCGCAAACCAAGCACCAAGCAGUGUGAGGAGGCUGGGUUAGAAAGAGGAGAAGAACUGGAGCUGUCUGAGCUGGAUGAAGCAACCCAUGAUGGUGGGGAGACAGUCCUGGCAAGCCAACCCCAAGUGGAGGAUGCCCUGGUCAUGGGAGCGCAAGACAACCUUUCAAUCAGUCAGAAAGCAGAAGUGGCCACAGAGAUGGCUCCUGUUCCUCUUGAGCCGCCAGUGCUCCAAGAGCACUAUGGAACUGGGGACCUGGUUGUACCACACAGCUUCCUUCCUGAUACCAGUGAAGGCGAAUCGUUAGAGCCCCUGGAUGGUGGGAAUCCGCCUGUCUCCAUAGAAGGAAGGAUUGUGCCCUUGGUCCCAGAUGUGGAGCACUUCCCUCGCUAUGUACCACAGAGUGGGGAAGCAAGCAUCAGUGGGGAGGCAGAGGGCACGGAGGACUCUUCCCUCGCACCACUGGAGAGCCAGCCGAUCACCUUCACCCCAGAAGAGAUGGAGAAAUACAGCAAGCUCCAGCAGGCAGCUCAGCAGCACAUUCAGCAGCAGCUCCUCGCCAAGCAAGUCAAAGCCUUUCCUGCCUCAGCAGCCCUUGCUCCUGCCACAACCCCUGCCCUGCAGCCCAUCCACAUCCAGCAGCCUGCAGCAGCUGCAGCCACCUCCAUUACCACUGUACAGCACGCCAUCCUUCAGCAUCAUGCAGCAGCAGCUGCUGCAGCCAUUGGCAUCCACCCACACCCUCACCCCCAGCCUCUUGCACAGGUGCAUCAUAUCCCCCAGCCUCACUUGACUCCUAUCUCAUUGUCCCACUUAACCCACUCCAUCAUCCCAGGGCAUCCUGCCACUUUUCUGGCCAGCCACCCCAUCCAUAUCAUCCCUGCCUCUGCCAUCCACCCAGGCCCCUUCACUUUUCAUCCGGUACCCCACGCUGCCCUGUAUCCAACUCUUCUAGCACCCCGACCAGCUACAGCUGCUGCCACAGCAUUACACCUCCAUCCCCUUCUGCACCCCAUCUUCUCAGGGCAGGACUUGCAGCAUCCCCCCAGCCACGGCACAUGAAGGAAUGAAAAAGAGGCAGCCUCUGUUGGGGGCUGUGGGGAGAAAGGGCAGAAGCAUGUCUGUCUGUGCGUGUCCCUUGCUUUCUGAAAGGUAAUGACUGACACUGGACCUGAGAAUGGCCAAAGAAGGGAAGGACUGGGCAGGGAAAGGGAGCUUCAAGGUAACAGAUCUGUGGGAGAGCAGAGAACUUUGCUGCUGCAGGCCUGCUCAUAAGGAUUUUCAGAGGUUCCUGCAUCCAAGGGAGUAACAUAUUCACAUCUGUGUGGAUGCGAGGUUCUUUAGCAGGUGUGCCCCCUCCCUCAAUUUCUGAUGCACAAUUUUAAAUUGUUUUCCUUCUGCUCUGAAAACCUAAGUGGGUAAUACCUAAAUUACCUUGGCUCCAGUAUCUAUGUUUAAUAUAAAGUGUGAAAGUAAUUUUUGGAUCCACCUUAAAUUGAGCAAAGGAGCCAAGGGUUGGUCAACACUUGGACCCAUCUCUCUGUUAUUAGCCCCCCUUCUCUGCUCUCAUUUGAGAACCAUGUUCAGCAGUCUGUUGAUUAUUAUCACGAAGAAAAAUAAACAGUGACUGGUUUCCAACAACAGAAAGGCAAGGCAGUGCUGCUGAGAGAAUGGAGAGCAACCGUGUCAGUCCUUGAAGCAAUAUGUUGUACUGCAGUCCUGUGAACAUCUGGAAUAUGACUUGGUGACUUGUACUCUUUCCUCUGUAAUAUUUGGUUCCUUAUUAACUUAUGAUUUCUUUUUAAAAAGAAAAAAAUGUUUUUAAAAAUUGCACUGAACUCUGUACAUGUCAAUGCUGCUUUUUGUAGCUCUUCUGACAAAUGUUCCAUAUCGGUAGUAUACCGCAAUAACACUUUUUACAGCCUGUUCUUUGAGUGGUACUUGUUCAGGUGGCUUUGGUUAUCUUUUGAUGUAGUUUGGAAAGAAAACUUGUGUCAAAGGUUCAAUGCUUCUAGUUGUGGCUAGGAUGCAAGAUGGCUUCAAGCAUGUAUAUUUUGAGCUCAUUUUUCAAGGAUUUUUAUGUAUCAAAAAAACAACUUUUUCAUUUUACAGGGGAAAAUGUGACAAGAUUUGGAAUAAACUAAGAGCAGUGAUCUGGACCCUUUGUUAUAAUAGUUAAUGAUUUACUGUCCUGCAUAGUGAUACCUCUUGUAAGUUCUGUGGAAAAGGGGACUAGUGUGAUAACUGAGACAUUCACUGACUGAGAAAAUGAGCCAGUUGAUUUAACAGAGCAGGAAUUCAUUUUCCAGAAAGGGAGUGUACCAUAGAAAACAGUUUUUCCUGGGAUUCAAACCUCUUGUUUUGAAUCAUUGCAUCCACAUGGGGAGGGAAGGAAUGAUGGGAGAUAUUGAAGCUCCUUUUCAGAUAUGUGCCUUUUUAUGUUUUGGAGAAGUUUUGAAUGGUGUGUUUUUGUUUCAAAUAUUCUUUCUUGGGAUUUCUUCUAGUUAUUGGUUGCCGUGUCCUCUCAGCUGUCCCUUCAGGAUAGGUCAUGUCUACCUUGAGAAAGAAGAAACCCUGAUUGUCACUCCCUUGAAAAAAGUGGGGGGGGGGAUCAAUAUUAAAAUCUUAGUUUAGUGAGGGAGGGUAAAGGGGAAAGAUGGUUUCCUGCAGAGUGGUGACUGCUUGUGACUUGAUUGUGUCCAGACCAGAGGGGCACUACUAGUUUGUAGGUCUCCACUUCAAAACUGUGAAUAUAACUACUAUUGCCUGUUAUCCCCAGGCUCUAAGCUGCUCUUCCUUGCACUUCACUAGAAAGAACCCUAGCAUUGGAAAAUGUUCUUUGGCAGACGGAUUCAGUUGCUAGUUGCUAUAGAUAUUCAACAAGUAACAGUAUUAAUUUAUCAGUGCUUCAUUCUCUUGAGAUUCAAAUUGAAGACACAGCAUCCCAGCAGGACACAAGAAGAGGCUGGACUUCGACAUGAGUGCUUACAACAAAGAACACACAGUAACUUCAGUGUGAGCAGGCUAUAUUUAAUUUUGUCACAUAAAUGUGUGUAUACACACACAAAAACACACACAGAGAGACAUAUAAAUAUAUAUAAAUAUAUAUAUACAUGCUGUAAAAUGAGGAAAAUAAACUUUCUAAUAAACUAGUAAUUUGGGA